AUGGCAAUUUCAGAAGGACGACCUAUGUUUCUAAAGUCAGUGGAUUGUUCUGGUGAGACUAAAGACAAGUAUUUCAUUGCAAAUUUGAUUAAAGAAGUUAUUAAUGAAGUUGGGCAUGAGAAAGUGAUUCAAGUGAUAACUGACAAUGCUCCUAAUUGCAAAGCUGCAGGACAAAUUAUCAAAUCACAAUUUUCCACGAUUGUAUGGGCACCAUGUGUAGUGCAUAUCUUGAACCUUGCUUUGAAGAAUAUAUGUGCUGCUAAAAAUGUCGAAAACAACCAACUUGUGUAUAAGGAGUGUAGUUGGAUCUCGGAUAUUGCUAGUGAAGUCAUGUUUGUGAAAAAUUCUAUUAUGAAUCAUUCGAUGCAGCUUGCUAUGUUUAAUGAAUUUGUAUCUCUAAAAUUUCUAUUUGUGGCUGAAACACGCUUUGCAUCUAGUAUCAUCAUGCUUAAGAGGUUUAAACUUAUUAUAGGUGAUUUACAAGUCAUGGUCAUCAGUGAUAAAUGGGCAAAUUAUAAGGAAGAUGAUGUGGUAAAGGCAAGACGUGUGAAGGAUUUGGUGCUUAACAACUUAUGGUGGGACAAAAUUGAUUAUAUUCUUGCCUUCACUACACUUAUCUAUGACAUGAUUAGAGCUUGUGAUACAGAUGCACCUUGUCUACAUUUGGUGUAUGAUAUGUGGGAUGAAAUGAUUAUAAUGGUGAAGGCAACUAUUUAUAAGCAUGAAGGAUUGCAACCAACUAAACCUAGUGACUUUUCCUCUUUUUAUGACGUGGUUUAUAAUAUUCUCAUUGAUCGCUGGAAUAAAAACAAUACUCCACUUCAUUGUUUAGCACACUCGUUGAAUCCGAGGUACUAUAGUAAAGAAUGGCUUUCAGAGUCCCCUAAUCGAGUGGCCCCACACCAAGAUAUCGAACUAUCUCAAGAGAGGAUGAAGUAUUUUAACAAAUAUUUUAGUGACCCUAGGGAUCGUGCAACCAAAAUCCCUUGGACGCGGAUUUUCAUAAGUCGAUAG